AAACUCUCAAAUUUUGUGAUGACAUGAGCUGUCAUUUACGAAUAACAAUGUCAAAAUUUAAUUAACCCAGGUACAAACAGGUCAACAUGGCAAUAAAUUUGUUUACAACUUUAAAAUUCGUCAAGACCUUUCGACCUUUGUCGCGAUGUUACUCGGACCAGUUUCCAAAAAUCACGACCCAUUACACGGUGGUGCCUCGAGACAACGACCCACGAUGGAAAGAGGUCAAUAUGGAGCGAUUUGCGGACGAAACCGACAUUCUCAUAAUCGGUGGGGGCCCCGCUGGUAUGAGCGCCGCUAUUCGAGCUAAGCAACUCGCCGAAAAAGACGGCAAAGAGUUGCGAGUUUGCGUGGUGGAAAAAGCCUCUCAAGUCGGGGGCCACAUUCUUUCUGGGGCCGUGAUUCAACCGACUGCCCUUGACGAACUAAUACCUGACUGGGCGGAAAAGGGGGCGCCUUUGAAGACUCCGGUGAAAGAGGAUAAGUUUGGUAUUUUGACAGCUAGUGGGAGAAUUCCGGUGCCUGUGCUUCCAGGUACCCCUAUGUACAAUCACGGCAACUACAUAGUCCGUCUGGGGCACGUCGUGCAGUGGCUGGGUGAACAAGCGGAGGCUUUAGGGGUGGAAAUUUACCCCGGGUAUGCCGCGUCUGAAGUCCUCUUCCACCCCGACGGUAGCGUCAAAGGAGUAGCUACGAAUGACGUCGGGAUUGCUAAAGACGGCAGCCCCAAAGACACGUUCGAACGAGGGAUGGAGCUCCACGCUAAGUCCACCAUAUUAGCAGAGGGCUGCCAUGGCCACCUAUCCAAACAAAUCAUCAACAAAUUUAACUUGAGGGCGAACAGUGAGCCACAAACUUAUGGUAUAGGGUUGAAGGAGAUCUGGGAAAUUGAACCAUCAAAGCAUGUUCCUGGACGCGUGGAACACAGCAUGGGUUGGCCUUUGGACAAGUUUACGUAUGGGGGUUCUUUCUUGUACCAUUUAAAUGAAGAAACGCCUCUUAUUGCUGUGGGUUUUGUGGUAGCGCUGGACUACACUAACCCAUAUUUGAGCCCUUUUAAAGAGUUUCAAAGGUUCAAGCACCACCCAAGUGUCAAACAUUACUUUGAAGGUGGUACAAGGAUAGCUUAUGGUGCUAGGGCUUUAAAUGAAGGCGGUUUUCAAAGCAUACCCAAAUUGACUUUCCCUGGUGGGUGUUUGGUGGGGUGUUCCGCUGGGUUUUUAAACGUUCCAAAAAUAAAAGGCACCCACUAUGCUAUGAAGAGUGGAAUGUUGGCUGCUGAGAGCGUGUAUGAGGCUAUUAAUAGCGAAAAACAAGAAACUGAGGGUUUUGAACCUAAAAGUUAUCCAGAUAAAGUUAAAAACAGUUUCAUCUGGAAAGAUUUAAAGAGGGUGAGGAAUAUAAGGCCCAGUUUCCAUAAUCCAUUGGGGAUGUAUGGUGGGGUUAUGUACAGUGGUUUUUCCAUUGUUGUGGGUGGGUUAGAACCGUGGACCUUGAAACAUGGUGCUCCUGAUCACACAAGACUGAAGCCUGCAAAAGACUGCACUCCUAUUGAGUACCCAAAACCUGAUGGUAAGAUUAGUUUUGAUCUUCUGUCGUCUGUGGCGUUAACAGGGACCAACCAUGAGGGUGACCAGCCGCCACAUUUAACCCUCAAGGACGAUACAGUACCGGUUAAAGAGAAUCUAGGGGUGUUUGAUGGGCCUGAAGGUCGGUUUUGUCCAGCUGGAGUUUAUGAAUUUGUCCCUCUUGAAAGUGGAGAUGGGCAAAGGCUACAAAUCAAUGCUCAGAAUUGUAUACAUUGUAAAACUUGUGAUAUCAAGGACCCAAGUCAGAAUAUCAACUGGGUCGUUCCAGAGGGGGGCGGCGGCCCCGCCUACAACGGAAUGUAAUUUUAUACAACUGCCUUACACUUGUACAGCUCAGGAUUGAUGAAAUUAUCGUUAAUUUUUAUCUAUAUUGAUAUAAUAAAACUUUUAUAACAAUGAAA